CUCCCUCUGGUUACCAAAAUUGCGUUUUCGGCCGAUGAGACGUGGCCACUGUAGGGUGUACGUGCAAAACACAGUCCCCUCUCUGCCGCAUCAGCUGAAGCGUACAGCUCAGCGGCGCUGAAACUCGGAGCUGGAUGGCAGGGACUGUCUGGAGUAAAACGGGAAUCUCAGCCGGUGUCCUGGCCUCCUCUGGAUCCCCACACUCCUCCGCCUGGAAGAGAGAUGAGAGCCAUAGCCUGGAGGCCCGGCUGGGGUGUAGCUCUUCUGCUUAGUGGCACGGCCUUGCUGUUUGUGUCCUCUGGCGUUUCCAGCCACAGACCCAACGCCAAGAAGAUAUCCCAGACCACCGUGAUGCAGGCCGCAGCCGGGAGAGCGGGUACCUGGUGCCCAGAAGAGCUCCUGAGUUUCCGGGCACUGUCGGAGCUGUUUGUGUGGGAGAGGGCGGACACCUGGGUCUGCUCCCUGCUCGGCUCCAUCAUCGUGGGGCUCAGUGGCAUCUUCCCCCUGCUCGUCAUCCCCAUAGAGGCUGGGGCUGCCCUGAAAACAGAAGCUGGGUGUCGGAGGCUGAAGCAGCUCCUGAGUUUUGCCAUCGGCGGCCUGCUGGGCGACGUUUUUCUCCACCUGCUUCCCGAGGCCUGGGCCUACUCCUGCAGACCAGGGGGGAACCACCAGCAUCACCAGACCCAAGGCCUGUGGGUCAUCCUGGGAAUGCUCAGCUUCCUCAUCCUGGAGAAGAUGUUCCCAGACGAGGGCAGCCAGGAUGAUGCCAGGGCCCAGCACUCCUCUAUCUGUGCGUGCGCGGUGAUGAAGCCACACUCGCUGCCCGGCUGUGCCCAGACCAGCAGUCCUCAGGAGAUGCAGCUGACACACAGGAACGGCCACUUAUGUGAGAAACCACAGAGCCCUUCACAUCCAGAGACGAGGAAGAUUAAGACCAGCGGAUAUUUGAACCUCCUGGCGAACAUCAUCGACAACUUCACUCACGGGCUUGCGGUGACUGGCAGCUUCCUCGUCAGCAGGAAAGUGGGCUUCCUGACGACCUUCGCCAUCCUCCUCCACGAGAUUCCUCACGAGGUGGGGGAUUUCGCCAUCCUGCUGAGGGCUGGCUUUGACCGCUGGAGUGCAGCCAAAAUGCAGCUGUCCACCGCCCUGGGGGGGGUGCUGGGGGCCUGCUUUGCUCUCUGUGCGCAGUCCCCCAAAGGCGCAGAAAAUUCGACCGCUUGGAUCCUGCCGUUCUCCUCCGGUGGCUUCCUGUACAUCGCCCUGGUCAGCGUGGUUCCAGAUCUCCUGGAGGAGACCAACCCCAGACAGUCCCUUCUGCAGAUCCUGCUGCUUUGCUCUGGAAUCGCGGUCAUGGCCCUGAUGUCGGCGAUAGUGGAAUAACUUCACCAAAGGGAGGACCCCUUUCCCCAUUGGGGGAUCGUUCACUGUGGACCAAAUGGUGCUCGGCUUUAAUAACUUGAGCAGGACGGUGGUUUCUGGAAACUGUUGUUCCACUGCGGGAUUGGAGUCUCUCAGGUUCAGGAAGAGCUGAAGCUGAAACAUGGAAAUUGAAAUGAACAGUCAGAGGCUGAAAGGACCCGUGACCGGCUUGUUGGUACACUCCACAAAUCUACUCAUCAGUGAUUCAGGGCCCUUCUCCUUUAGGUGGUGCAGAAUGGCGUGGGGGGCGCCAGAUGGAGGACGUUCAGUAGCAUGUGUUAAGCGAGCCGUUGUUUCCUCUGACUCAUUAUAAAUAAUGGAAUGUGGCACACAGCCCUGCAGGGCAGCUCAUGAAUGCACCAACCAAAAGGAAGAAAGGAUCCACCACUCUAAAUCCUCUCACACAGAUACUCACUCCUACGUCUACACACACAUACUCUUACGUGUACCCAUAGAUACACACAGAUACACACUCCUACGUCUACACACACAUACUCACUCCUACGUGUACCCAUAGAUACACACAGAUACACACUCCUACGUCUACACACAGAUACUCACUCCUACAUGUACACAUAGAUACACACUCCUACAUCUACAUACAGACACACACAGAUACUCACUCCUACGUGUACACACAGAUACAUACAGAUACUCACUCCUACAUCUACACACAGAUACUCACUCCUAUCUGUACACACAGAUACUCCUAUCUGUACACACAGAUACUCACUCCUACGUGUACACACAGAUAUAUACAGAUACUCACUCCUACGUCCACACACAGACACACACAGACACACACAGACACACACAGACACACACAGACACACACAGACACACACAGACACACACAGACACACUCCUACGUGUACACACUGAGGCUACGUAUGGAAUCCGGUCUCAAUCACCCCAUUUCCCUCUGCUUCCGCCUUCCACUGUUACUCAUUACAUAUAUAUUUUUUUAAUCCAAAGCGAUUUACAGUUGAUUAGACUAAGCAGGAGACGAGUCCCAGCGGGUCCCAGUCAUGUACCUUAACCACUACGCUACAGGUCGCCCAUGUUACUCACGUUCAUGCUUCUUUUCCCCUCCCUCGCUCACUCUGCCUGCCUCACCCGGGGCUUGCCUCCCACCGCCCUUUCUCUCUCACACAGGUACACGAGCACAUCUGUGCAUGUUUAGCCGUGCCAUUCAGUCAUAUAGAUGCAAAGAUUAACAGCAGUUGAUGCUGUUUUUUUAAAUAAAAUGUGUAUUUUUUUAUAUCAUCGGCUUGUGCCAUUUGUAUCAUAUUCCUGUUGCAGUUUACUGAUUUCAUUUAAAAUGCAACCGAUAUGAUUGAUGCGCCCAGUUAUGCCCAUCCUGUGUUUUUCGUUUUCAAAAAUGAUUUUCAUAUUGGUGAAAAAGUUUUUAUAAGUUAAUAUUUCUGUUGAUAAGCAAUUCAUGGGGCAAUAUUUAUGGUUUAUUUAAUGGAUAUUCAUGCCUGUUUCUGGUCCCUUUUUUUGAGUGGGCGUUUGAACAUUUCACCUAAGGAACUUUGCACCUUGAUUGUAUUUCUCCUUUACUUUAUUUCGCAACAAAUGCUUAAAACGAAAUGCUUAAACAGAAAUGCAUUUCACAUCUUUAUCCUGUUUGGUUAAUAAAGAUGUAUAUUGAAAUACAGUUCCCCUUUGACAUAUUUUUAUAUGAGCAUGAGUAGGAAUAAAAUGUCUAAGAUUUGAACAGGUACAUUUUAAUAAAUUAUGUUUCAAUAAU